AGUGACUCGUGUGAACACUUUGAACCAAAAAAAGAGAAAAACAACCGUUAACUUAUUUUAUGCUUGAACUUGCCGAAUCUAUAAUGACAAAAGUACCCUCAAUACUCUCACGCUAUUACACUUGUGCCACUGAGACGACCAAACUUUUUUCCCACCGUUUUACCAAUCUCUCUCUCUCUAUAUCCGCUUCGUAAAAUCCACUCUCUCUCUUUCUCUCUUUCUCUCUCUUUCAACGCCAUGAUCGGAGAGAAAGAUCUCGCCGGAGAUGGAGAAUGCUCUCGAACCAAAACAUCAAAGCCUCGAUUCUCUAAUCUAAACAACCAAACUUAUCAAGAUGACAAAACCGGUCAGUAUCAUCAGAAAGGCGUCGACUUUCUCAACGUCCGGUCCAAUAAUCCCGAUGGUGGGUUCUCUUCAAAAUCAUCACCCAGAUCAGGAAACGAGCUCACUCUUAGCUAUCUCUGCGAAAACCGUGAACUUUCCGGUAAAAUCGCUGAAAGUCUUGGUCAAAAGGGGAAAGAAGUAGUAACCUUUUCUGAGAAUUCGAGCUACGAUGAUAAAUGGGUCGAGAGAGAUUUCUUCAAUUUGAGAGAAAUGAAUCCGAAUUCUUCUAAGCGAAAGGCUCACGAAGAGGAAGAAGAAGCUGAAGAAGAAGAAGAAGAAGAUAAGAAAGCCAACAAAAUCGAAACCCUAAAUCUCUCUUUAGCUUUACCUGAUGUUUCUCUAUCUUUAACGGCGUCAAACGCCGUGAAAAGGCCGAGAGUGACGAGCGAACGAACUACGACGUCGUUUUCAAACGAUUUCACGGCGACGGCGCCGUCGAUGUCUUACUCUUACUCUCACCCUUUCUCUCACAACAUCAGCUGCUCCAUGACUCGAAACUCCACAGAUUUCGAUUGCUCCGUUGGUAAAGACGACCAUAUCUGGUGCGCCGGUGAAGGAACCAACGGAUCUGUUCACAGCCGAUUCAGACCAAUCGGUGACGGCGGCGUUGCGCUCGCUAACAAUCCAAUUUCCGGUAAACCUUCAAGCUCUGCCGAUUACUCUUUCUUCCCUUCGGAGUUACCAGCUCGUCCGGGGAAUGAAGUCACGAUCUCCGGCGAUUCGAGGAAGAAAGUAGCUAACUUGGAAGAUAACGAUGCGGUUAGAUCGGAGAGGGUUUUAUACGACAUCGUUUCGAAAUCGAUUUCUUCUGUGGCUUUGAUUAUUCAAGGGAUGGCUGAUGAAACUUUGGAAUCAGCUAAAGAGUAUUUGAGGAACUUGAUUGAUUCACCGGAGAAGAAGGAGAAGCUGACGAAUCUUCAGAACCAGAUUGAUAAAAGAUCUGAUCUUAGCAAAGAGACGCUAUCGAAAUGUGUUAAAGAUCAGCUUGAUAUCUUGGUAGCUGUAAGAACAGGGCUUAAGUAUUUCCUCUCUGGUAAGAUCAGAAUCCCUAUGAACGAAUUGGUAGAGAUCUUUCUGUUCUUGAGAUGUAGGAAUGUGAAUUGUAAGAGUCUCUUGCCUGUUGAUGACUGUGAAUGCAAAAUCUGUUCCAACAACAAAGGCUUUUGUAGCUCUUGUAUGUGUCCUGUUUGUUUGAGAUUUGACUCUGCUAGCAAUACUUGUAGUUGGGUUGGUUGUGAUGUGUGUUCGCAUUGGUGUCAUGCUGCUUGUGGGAUUCAGAAGAAUUUGAUCAAACCGGGACAUAGUUUGAAAGGUCAGAGAGGUACUACUGAGAUGAUGUUCCAUUGCAUUGGAUGUGCUCACAAAUCAGAGAUGUUUGGAUUUGUUAAGGAUGUUUUUGUGUGUUGCGCCAAGAAUUGGGGACUUGAGACUUUGAUCAAGGAGCUUGAUUGUGUUAGAAUGGUUUUCCGAGGAAGCGAUGAUGCAAAAGGCAAAGCAUUGUAUCUCAAAGCCAAUGAAAUGGUUAAGAAGUUGGAGAGUAAACAGAUUUCCCCGCUUGAUGCUUCUAACUUCAUCAUUCAGUUCUUCAACUAUGCGGAGUCAGUACCAGAAAUUCCCGACCCUCCGAGAGAGCUAAUAGUUGCAGCAGAAACGAGCUACAGAAAAGACGAGGCAUCUGUGACGCCUUCAACAUCCAAGGAUCAAAAGAAGAAGAGCUUUGCGUUAACUGAUGCAAUGAUGAACAGUUUUGAUAGUUUAGAAAGCAUGGUGAGAAUCAAGGAGGCUGAAACAAGAAUGUUCCAGAAGAAAGCGGACGAGGCCAGAAUAGAGGCAGAGAGUUUCAAGAGAAUGAUAGAAAUGAAGACGGAGAAGAUGGAGGAGGAGUACACAGAGAAACUAUCGCGUCUGUGUCUGCAGGAGACAGAGGAGAGAAGAAGGAAUAAGCUGGAGGAGCUCAAGAAGCUUGAGAAUUCGCACUGCGAUUACAGGAACAUGAAGCUGAGAAUGGAGGCUGAGAUUGCAGGAUUGUUGAAGAGAAUGGAAGUUACAAGACAACAAUUAGUAUGAAUGAUUCUGAAAAACAGAGCCUCUCAUUAUCCAUUGCUCUGCUCCUUGUUUUUGUUGUGGGAAAUAUCAAAUUAGUGACAACUGUUUUAUUUGUUUCUCUGGUAUUGUCUUCUAAAUUUUCAAUUUUUUUUUUUAAUCUAUAACUUCCUCUUUUU